GGCCACCAAGAACCAGACCCACCCCAUACACACACACUACGGGCUUCAGUGAUUCAGUUUGGGCUCUUUUCUGCGUGGAUAGUGACGUAUCUCCCAUUUCCUUGUUUACAGACAUGGUUUCUAUAAGGUUUACCAAAGGGAGUGUAUGCAAAUGGACAGUUGGACUGAUUGGAGCAUUUAUUUUCCUUGUAACUGUGAAAAAGUUAGCCAUAGAGACAAAACACGACAAAGAGGAUGCUCUCAGUCGGCAAGAUUAUGAAAAAAGGCGUAUAUUCAAGGAAGGGCAUGACAGGAAACUUCUUAAAAAAGAAUCCAACCACGAAUUAAUAAACAACGAAGACCCUUUUAAAAUACCAUCGGAUGACAUCCUAAAGAGCAUGACAUACGAAGAAAUAGCGGCUCUUUAUCACGGGUAUGUGGAUAAUGUUGGUGUGCUGUGUAGAAACAUCGUCCGCCUGGGUAAACUGAAGGACGGUGGAUGGGAAGUGUGUCACGAUCAGCAAUACAGGCCCCCCAACAAUUGCCUGGUCUACUCUGCCGGGAUAAAAAAUGACUUUAGUUUUGACGAUGCUAUAGCAAAGCAGUACGGGUGUGAAGUUCAUUCAUUUGAUCCGAGCAUGACACAAAAGAGCUACAGAAGGAGUGAGCGAGUAUUUUUCCAUAGCAUAGGAUUGUCGGACGUUAAUGUUCACAUCCCAGCCAACAAGACGGGAUGGGAGAUGCGUACACUGGGAGCAAUCAAACAGGAACUUGGCCACGCAAAGCGACGUGUCCAUGUCUUAAAGAUGGACAUUGAACACUGGGAAUGGAAAGUUCUCCCACAAGCCAUUGCAAGCGGCUUCCUGGAUGACGUCACCACCCUCGAUCUGGAGCUCCACAGCUGGAUAAGAAAUAAAACGUAUAUUUACGAGGUCCCAGCUAAAGAUUAUUUGGAAUAUUUGAGAACACUGAGACAACUACAUCAACUUGGUUUCCGUAUUUUCUUAACACACAAGAAUCUUGGAUCCUGUCAAUUCAGAUCUAGAUUUGGCAUGAUGAGGACCAGUUGUCAGGAGAUCGCUAUGGUUCAGACGAAGAUUAAGAUGGGAAUGUAAUAAAGGGGUGGAGCUUGUUUAGGCUGCGAAACUCUUGAGUUGUAAUAAUCAGUUGUAUAUAUAGUCGUUGAUUUGUCAAUUCAUCGGUUGACACAAUAUUUGAAUAAAAGAUAAAUAUUUCUCAA